AAACCCCAUGCUUUUGAACAUUCGAAUGGUAAACCUCACAAACGAAACCUGAAGAUCUGUAUCUAUUUUAGACUCCGUCCCCCAUAGUUUCUCGUCGCACACCACAGCGCAACCUUCCAACAGCCUAUCUCCGAUUUCGAAAGAAGUCAAGUGAUUCAACUCUCUCUCGCUUUCAGUAAUGAAUUAUUAGUGUGCCCUGUUGAUCUAUUAAAACUAUGUCUCCUUGUGCGUAAAAAUGCCGCGCAUACUGUGCCUGGCACGGAGUACUUGGUAAAUGCAGAACCACAAGUUCGUCUUGGUAUGGGUCGAUAUUGAGCAGGAUUGAUCUUUCAAUGAGAAAAUCCAAAUGUAAGAGCGUCCUUUAGAACUCAAGCAUAGAUCAAGCAGUGAGAUCAUUCGUGUUAUAAAUAUCUCGUUCCGGCAGAACUACUCCUGCUGACGCAGGCUAGGUAAUGCCCACGAGCGCUGGAACUGUGUGUGCGCACGUUUCCUCGCUCACAGUGCUCACAAUCAGUAAAAUGCUAAAACUGGCAUAGCAAAGACAGACACCCGAGUACCUUUUUGUAAGAAUGAAUGUUCCUCUUUGUCUUUUUACCUUCACUCAAUUGAUUUACCUGACUGGAUCGAAGUACGUUUCCUUGGAGGACCUGCCUCAGGAGGAGGGUAUCAGCUCGGGACGCAGGACUUGCAGGCUCUACUGCAGGGUUGGGAUUGGCUUCCAUCUUCAGAUUCACCCCGAUGGUAGAGUCAACGGCAGUCAUGAACCCAAUCAGUUAAGUGUUCUGGAGCUCUUUGCCAUUUCUCAAGGGGUCAUAGGCAUAAAAGGAGUCCACAGUGACAGAUUUCUGGCCAUGAAUAAAAGGGGAAGGCUACAUGCUAUUGAGCGAUUCACAGAUGACUGCAAGUUCAGGGAGCGCUUUCAGGAGAACAGCUAUAACACGUACGUCUCAGUGGCCCACUGGAACCACAGGACCGGCCGUGAGUGGUUUGUGGCGCUCAAUAAAAGGGGGAAAGCUAAAAUGGGCUCCAGCCCAAGAGUGAAAUCCCAACAUGUUUCCACACACUUCCUCCCCAGGCUGAACCUGCAUGAACAGAGUGAGCGUGGCUUCACCAUCACAGACAGCAGGAGAACAGAGAGGAAGAGUUGUCCACCACCGCCCAAACCUCCCUCGUCCAACAUCUAUAACGGCAUGCCCAAGCGUGCGCAGACAGUCAAGUACUGGCCGAAGUUUAGAUUUGGAUAGACUGAUGACUGGGAUUCAUGAAGCGAUUUACUUUUAUAUGGUCACAUACAGACUUGUUUUGUCCUCAAAGUAAGGAUUCACCUUUGAGUGAUUAAAUUAUACGCAUUCCAGUUAUCUGAAAAUGUUGUUCAAAUCUAAAGGGCUGUACAAUCUAACUUUGAGCUGUAAAACUGCUGUGAUGGUAGUUGGUUAAAACAUUUUCGAAGGGUGUCACUUUUUGUGAACCAAGAAUUGUAUGCACUGUUUUGUCUGGCACCAUAUUUCCUUAAUAUUGUAGUUUAGUCAUUUUGCCUGGCACAGAAGACUUCAAAUGCGAAUAAUCCAGGACUGGUGCAAUACGCACACAAUGUAAAGUGUAAUCCUGUGAAAGGAUUGAUACAUAUCAGAUCCUAAUGCCAUGUUAAAAAUAUUCUUUUUUUUACCUUCCAACAUACCACAGCAUAUGGUACUUUAAUACAAUAGAAACUGAGACCAGGUCCAGGGGUAUGUCUGAUUUGUCUUAAACUGUCUAAUCCUCCUUUGUUUAAUACUGUCUGGUUUACUUAAGUAUUUAUAUAACAUGCCGUUCCAAUACUGGAUGACAAAAAAUACCUUCAAACAUCUCCCAAAGAAGGCAAACACGUGUAUUCCUUGCAGUAUAUACAACUUUUGGCUUAAGCAUGGCCCAAAUGUCAAAAGAGUUAAAGUUUUAGCUUCAUACCAUAAAGUAUUUCAAUAGUAAAAUAAAUAAAGAUAAGGACAAAGCAUGAGGUCAUCAGAAAUGAUCAUCACACCAUAUGAUGCUGAAGCAGAAAAAGCAUAUUCUAUGAUCCUCUCCUCCCCUUUUCUCCUCUACUCCUCCACUCCCUGCUUUCAGACUUAGAAACAAGUUCAGGAAAAGAGGAGGCACCCAGCCUUCUCUCCUCAAGGACAGCUGGAGGAUCAGGGAGAACAAGGUCCAUCAAACUAUCAUUUUAGUGGCCGGCUGUCACCCAGUCACUCCUCCCAGAGGAUAGAGAUGCCGAACCAGACUGGUGCCCUGCGCUGGAGAAGGCCCCCAGGUGUAUCAGAUGGCAGACAGCUGCGGCUGUCGAAGGGGAGUUGAGAUUCAGACUAGACAACACCCUCAGAACUAUGUAUUGUGCCUACAUCAUCUUGUAUUUUGACUGAUUUGAGUUGGGAAAUAGUUGUUCAUAUUAUGAUUAAUGUAUAAUGUGAAUCCUCUUGUAGUUUUACAAGGUGCUUUGAUGAAUGGAUUGUUGUUAGCAUAACUGUUUAAUGCACACAGCCCAUGCUAUUAAGAUAGUUAAAUCAGGUUUCUUCCCUUUUUAAAAUAUAUUUUCACUUUGUGUCUUCCAUGAUUCAGUUUGUCAGUUCUCUUUAUAUUACUUUAUACCAAUU